AACAAUGCCUUCGUAACGCUGUUUCCCCUUCCCUUCGCCCUUCUACUCGCCGAGGAGCAUAAUCACAAGUUUGCCGGCGACGGAGACCAUCGGACAUGGGGUUUUUUUCGGCGUUGGGACUCUUCGAAGCAGGAGGAACGGAGGCGAAGAGUGAGGUAGAUAUUCAUGAAGCAGCACAAGGGAUCGUGAUCAUGGUGCUGGAUAAGCCGUCCUCUUCCUCCAGAUCCAAUGCUGUAAACUCACUCACUACGCAGCAGACCACACUUUAGUUCAUGCCAAUGGAUGGUUCUAAAUGAGCAUAUCUGCGUAACAGCAUAAGGCACUGCGAGUUUCUUCAUGAGCCCACAACUCAUUAGGUGGAACUAAAUUAGGUUGAAACUUUCUCAACUGAAGAAGCAAGAAGAACACAAGUUCUGGAGGAACCACCACAGUCUGCUCAAUUUUGCUAGUAGACACAUAAAUGUCUAUAUUGCUAGCUACAAGUGUUGAAUGCUGGUUUGUGAAGAUUUAGCACGAUAUCAUUGUACCGUCAACAUUCUUCUUGAGUCCUUUGGUUCAAAAGUCCUUCGCUUGGUCCAAAUAUUUGCAUGGCUGGUUGUUAAUGGAAAAACUAACACAAAAGCUGUGUUUUUGCCAUGCAAGGAUGAACUAAAAUGUUAUUAGCAUGCUGUUUGGAUAGCUAUGCUUUUGAUCUAUGUGCUGCUUGAGAGUAGAUUGAAGAUUCUUGCAAUAGACACAUAACCGAAGCUGCUAAACACGAGGUGCAGGUUUAGGCCUGCCUAUUUGUGAUUUGGACUGCUACAAAUGAUGCUACUUUUUGGUCAAAAGCUUCAUCAGUUUUAAACUUGUUGCAGCAUUGGGAGUACCUGCUGAUGGAACUUUCGUCCCAUUAAGUGAAAACAACAUCAUUACUCUGCCAUUUUGAAAAGCUCUUUUGAAUUUAUUUCUUUCUCUUUUGUAAUUUCUGUUAAAAGGCUUCUCUAGCUCAGGUGCUGCUAAGAAGGAACAAAUAUAGAGAUGUUUUCGGAAGUGAUCCACUGACGGAUAAUAAGCUGUGGAUUAGGAGUCCGAGACUGCUAAAUCACGUUAAACCAGUAAUGACCUCAGUACUGGAAAUGAACUCAUCAACCUUUGUCUUCAGCUUCCAGCUCCUUGAGGCUUGCAUGCAUCUCCAUCAACCUCUUGCUUCAGACCAGCGCACGUUUAGAUUGCUAAUUGCAACACAAGUUUCCAAUGUGACACGGUACAUGAAGACAAACCUUCAUCAUCCUCCAUCCCCAUGAAGCUAAGUUACACGAGUUUGAGACAUAAGCACUAGUUCUGAUAUAAUCUCAUAAGCCAACACACACGAGAGAAGAUAUCCUUCCCUUAAAAUAUUGCCACAAGAACAGAUGAGGUACGAAGGUACGAUGCCUGCAUAGAGAAAGGUUCAUUGAACGAGUAUUUAUUUUAUUUUAAUCUCUUUGCUGGCAAAUAUGGGAUAUGGGGUCUGCUAUUGUUCCUCUUCAAGUUGGCAGAAGGCGACGGUGUUCGUCCCAGCGCCCCCGUCAAUUUAUUUUAGAAUCAAUAUAUAGGACAUAAAUUAUAGAUAACUAUUAGUUCUUGGAACAAUGACUGACAUAUGAGGGAGACAUUUAUCUCAGCUAUGCCAAGAUUCAAAUCCCAAAUUUUAAAUUAUCAAUAGUUUAUGCGCUAGUCACUAGACCGUCCCGUCAUUGUUGGUCUUCCGUUAACAGUAUCUGAUUUCUUUCUAAAUCGAAGGGACAGGAUCAGUUCAUCUUUAGUGAGGUCUCUUCUUGAGAGGGCCAGUUAUGACAAACAUAGUUUGAGGAUGAUGUAUAAUAUAUAUACAACCUUCUUGAGCAUCCAAAACCAAUUAAAUUACUUAUUCCUUCCAAUAAAAUCAUCCAGACCCCAGCCAAUACCUCAGCAUUCCAUUCUUUUCUAGUUCCUUGAAUUCUGUCUCAGGUGAUGCACUAAGCUUCCAAAAAUGAGGUUCAUGAAGCUUGGAGCCAGACCUGAUACUUUUUUCACCGCAGAAGCUAUCAGGUCUGUUUCUUCAGAGGUCUCCACUGACCUCCAAAUCCAGGUGCAGAAAAACUUGUAUCACCUGCACCAGUUCCCCCUGCUGUCAAAAUGCCUUCGCCUGCAAAAGCUCUACUCCGAGCUCAAGGACGCGGCCGAUCCGGUCGUCAUACACCUCCCGGACUUCCCCAGUGGCGCCGAGGCCUUCGAGCUCUGCGCCAAGUUCUGCUACGGCAUCACCAUCACCCUCAGCCCCCUUAACCUUGUGCCUGUCUGGUGCGCUGCGCACUACCUCUGCAUGAGCGACGCAGCCGACCGCAGCAACCUACUCGGCAAACUCGACGUCUUCUUCAACUCCAUUCUCCGGCGGUGGAAGGACACGUUGGUCACGCUGCAGAGCACGCGGAGGCACGCAUCCUUGUGCGAGGAGGUCGGCAUCACCAGUCGCUGCGUCGACUCCAUCGCCUCCACCAUCAUUGCCAAUUCUACUCUCCCCAGCACGUCGAGGAACCUGUGGGCAGACGACCUCAGCGAACUCGGCGUCGACCACUACUGGCGGAUCAUGGUGGCCGUGAAAUCUGCCAGUAUCGUCUCCGGCAAGCUUGUCGGCGAGGCAUUGCAGGUCUAUGCCGGCAGGUGGCUGCCAAUGAUGGCACAGAGCGACGACCAUGAGACCACCAUAAGGCCUACGCUGCUGAUGGAGAAGAUAGUGAGCUUGCUGCCUUCGGACAAAGGCUCUAUUUCGUGCGGUUUCCUUCUCCAGCUUCUCAAAGCCGCCAACUUUCUCCAUGCUUCUGCUUCAGUGAAGACGGAAUUGGCCAGACGAAUUGGAUUACAAUUGGAGGAAGCAUCAGUUGACGAUCUCUUGAUUCCACCUGCAUCAGAUUCCGGCAACACAUUAUAUGACGUGGAUCUGGUGAUGAUCAUGUUGGAGGAGUUUCUGCUUCAGUGGCAGAGCCCUGCAACUAGUCCACUGAGGGAGAAGCUUUGGUGCGAGAGGAGGAGGUCUCGGUCAACUGAGAACGUGGAGUUCGAGCUGCAGGAGAACAGCCGGCGGUCAUCGUCGGCUUCCCAUAGCUCCAAGCUGCGAGUGGCCAAGCUCAUUGAUGGCUAUCUCCAAGAAAUUGCCAGGGACAAGAACUUAACCAUGGAGAAGCUAAUUGCUGCUGCUGAAGCUGUCCCAGAAUUUGCCAGGAUCAACCAUGAUGAUCUUUACGGAGUCAUCGACAUCUAUCUCAGGUCACACCCAGAGCUUGACAAGAAUUCAAGGAAGCAAUUGUGUAGAAUAUUGGAUUGCAAGAAGCUGUCAGUGGAGGCCUGCAUGCAUGCAGCACAGAAUGAGCUACUUCCUCUCAGGGUAGUCGUGCAGGUACUGUUCUUCGAGCAAUCGAGAGCUGCCAUGUCAGGCUGCCAGGUGACUGAGUUACCCAGCAACAUCCAAGCACUGCUGGCCAAGACCGGCACAAGAGAUGAAGACAGGGAGUUACUGAAGCUUCACCACAUUGGCACUGCUAUUCCCUUGGAAGAUGGUUGGAAUGUCUCAAGAUUGAAAUGCCCUGCCGCCAAGCUCCAAACCCUCAAGAUGAAGCUUGCUGAGGACGAUAAUGACAUCGAUGACGACCUAAUUCCCCGCGAAGCUCUCUUGAGAACCACUUCUUUGCGGCUCAAGGCCUUUUGCUCACUUCCUAAGAAGCCCAAGAAAAUCAUCAGCAAAUUGUUGGCUAUGAACAGAAGUUCAAAUGAGAAGCAUCGAUUAAUCUCGUAAAGAAGUUUUCUUUGCAAAGGCAGAGGUGCUUCCAGUCUGUUUUAUCACAAUCCAAAUGAUAAUAUCUAGAUUAAUUAAUUGUGAAAUAGUUGAAUAAAAGAUAAGAUUAGCCACCAUUAAAUGGAAUUCGCUUUUACUGAAAUCAUUCCCAUCAUAAUUGUCUUUGCCUGCACUACUUUUUUUUUGUUGUAGUUGUUUUUGCUUUUAUAAAGUGUCUAUAAAGUCUGCAAAUUAUCUUCA